UUCAUGCGCCCAUGAUCCUUUUCUGUCACUCGGCAGUCGACAGUACCCAGAGGAAGGGACGCUAGCUAGUUGUGACAGUGCUCUAGUCUAGCCAUACAGGAGCAAAAAAAAAAACAACUUCGAGACGGAGACAAGAAAUGUUCAAGUUCACCCGCCAUUCUCAACGACAGGCUACGUGCUAUUUCCUCCCCGCCAGCCCCGUAACCAGGAAAAACGCGUCUGCUAUCGUUAAUUUAGCCCCAAAUCCACCUGCCAGCACCAGUCCUCGCCACCUCUGGAGGACUUAACAUGGGCCUUACAGGACAGGGACUUAAUAGCUGAAGUACUGGACGUUGCGUGUCCUACAGGCCUUCGCCCUAAAUGUCAAACUACUUUGAAAACUUUCAGUAUUCACUUGAGAGAGUGAGAGAGAGCUUACUGGGUCAUUGGAUCACCGGAAAUAUUAUCAUUGAAGGCAUCAAAGACAAAUACUAAACCAACAAAUCAGUUCAGAGUACUUCCUGUGGCUGAAAUGCACAGAGCCAGCAGGCUUCCAGCAAACCAGCAACGCUGCUGUUGUGCAGCAACUCCACGAUCGCAUUGUUUACACCAGGGACCAGCUGAUUGCGCUGAAGCCGGCCGGCACUGCGACCACAACAACGGACAUCCCCACAGAAAUCGGGGGGAGGACACACAGAGGAGGCGGGGGAGGAACAAAGAGGCGAAGUAAGAAAUUUGUGUCCAGGCCACAGAAACUGACGGAGAGGAGUGUGUCUUCCAUCUGUCUUCAUGGGCAACGUGAGAUCAUUUAUAAGAUGGAUGAGCCAGUGGCCCUAGAGAGGAAAACUACACUAAACUAACGGAAAAAUGUCCGUGAAUGUAGUGUUAUGUGUUUCACAGACACAUGGCUACAGGAAGAUGCUUUGGAUCCAAUCGUUACCGUUGAUGGCUUUCAGACGGGUCAGGCGGACAGGAAAAGGAACAUUAUUGCAGCCCGGACACUGAACUGUAAGCCGUGGGGCUACGUCCAUACUACAUAUCUAGAGCGUUCUCACACGCCCUCUUGGUUGUUCUUUACAUCCACUCCGCCGCUAACCCGGGUACCGCGUGACAUCUGCUCUGUUGCUGCCAGACUCCAGGCCAUGAUCUCCAGGGACUUCAGCUGGACAAGACUCUGCACAAUUUCACUCUGUUGUGAACUGCACUACCAGAGGAGACAGGACCCUGGACCGGCUGUAUGCUAACGUUAAAGAGCUGGAUGCUUGGCGAAGCAUGGUGGUGAAGAUGGUUAGAACGCACUUAAUGGGGCCACUGUCAUGGUGCCGGGUCAAAUGGCCGAGUAUAAUGGGAACAGGAGUCCUUUAUCUGCUGCUGCUAUCAACCUGUCUCGGGCAAGACACAGAAGAUUGGCAGUAUGAGGAAUGUAAACUGUCUCGGUCGGGUCCUCCUGCUACCAUCGUUGCCAUAGAUGAAGAAAGCCCCAAUGGGACGUUGUUGGUGGAGAACAUGCAGAUAAAUGGCAUGGCAGAGGGUCCGGACCGUACCAUAUCUCUUUCUCUAAGGGAUAAUCACGACUACUGGGUGAUUCUUGACCCUUCCAAACAAGCCCUGUACCUCAACAGCACCGGACGAGUCCUGGACAGAGAUCCCCCCUCGUAUAUUCAGUCCAUUGUGGUCCAGGUUCAGUGUACCAACGAGCUGAUAGGCACAGUGAUUUUACACGAGGUCCGCAUCGUUGUUCGAGACCGUAACGACAAUGUGCCACGUUUCCAGCAGCCAAGAUACUAUGUCGCUGUUAGUGAGCUGACGCCAGUAGGAACAACUAUCUUCUCUGGUUUCUGGGGGAACAAUGGGGCGACAGACAUUGAUGACGGUCCCAACGGCCAGAUAGAGUAUACGAUCCAGUACAACCCAAAAGACCCGACAGCCAACAGAACCUUUGACAUCCCUCUGACACUGUUUGGCUCCGUCGUUCUAAGAGAAAGACUCAACUAUGAGGAGAUAACACGGUACCUAGUCAUCAUACAGGCCAACGAUCGAGCCCCCUACCCUAGUGAGCGCCGCACUGCCACCACCACUCUAACUGUGGAUGUACUGGAUGGUGACGACUUGGGUCCCAUGUUUCUACCAUGUAUGCUGGUGGGAAACACCCGUGACUGUAGUCCCAUCACGUAUAGGGCUAAUUUACUGGAGCUCACAGAGCCGAAUAAGGUGAAUCCCCUCAAUGUGACUCCACCCAUACAAGCUGUGGACCAAGACAGAAACAUACAACCUCCCUCUGACAGGCCAGGAAUCUUGUACUCCAUCCUCAUUGGCAAACCAGAGUCCUAUGCAGAAUAUUUCAGCUUAAACAGAACCACAGCGGAGCUCCUGCUUCUAAAGCCCAUCGACAGGGAACUCUACCGCAGAUUUGAUCUGGUUAUCAAGGCAGAACAGAACAAUGGCCACCCCCUCCCAGCUUUUGCCAACCUACAAAUCGAAAUUCUGGAUGAAAACAACCAGGCACCCUACUUCCUGGAGACCAGUUACCAUGGCUACGUUAGUGAAGCAUCACCAGUGGGAACCACCAUAGCGACUGAUGUCAGCCUGUCUGCACCACUGGCCAUCAUUGCUCUGGAUAACGAUGUGGAGGAGAGCAGGGAUCCUCAGCUCCAGUUCUCAUUGGACAGUUAUUCGAAUGUUUUCUCUGCGUCUGCUACUGGAAUCAGAAGAUAUCUCACCCUGGUGCAGCCACUGGACAGAGAGACACAAGACUCCUAUACAUUCACGCUUUUAGCAUCAGAUGGCGUCCAGCAGAGCACUCCGGUAACUGUUACGAUAACAGUAUUGGACGCUAACGACAACACACCGACUUUUGCUAAUGUCUCUUAUAAUGUCAACCUGUUUACUGAUAUGAUGCCUGGAGAAACUGUGUUACAGCUGUCAGCAGUAGAUUUUGAUACAGGUCCCAAUGGUCAAGUCACCUACCGAAUCUUAGCUGGUGCCCAGGGAGACUUUCUUAUUGGAAACAGCACCGGGGUCAUUACUGCGGCACCAGGUAUGGCGCUCACUGUGGGACGGAGCUACGCUUUGACUGUAGAAGCCGUGGACAAUGGGCCUGAACCUCAUAGAAGGUCAUCCAUUACUACCGUCUAUAUUGAAGUUUUGCCCCCAAACAACCAGAGCCCUCCCCGCUUCCCUCUGCAACAAUACAACCUGGAGAUAAGCGAAGCUAUGAGAACUGGAGCUACACUUCUUAAUCUGCAGGCAGUGGAUCGGGAGAUGGACCCCAUCACUUACAAAAUCCACAGUGGAGACCCCCAUGGAUAUUUUUCACUACAGCAGAGUUCAGGGUAUUUGGUUCUGGACAAGCCUCUGGACAGGGAGUCUCUGGAUUAUUAUACCCUGGUGGUCACAGCCUCAGACGGACAGCCAGAUGGGACAUCCACUGCGAUGGUGAACAUUGUGGUGACAGAUGUUAAUGACAAUGACCCACUGUUCGAUCCUUCACUGCCAGUGAACCUCACUGUCACUGAAGAGCAGGAUCAUGCCUACGUUGGACAAGUCAAGGCUACAGACCCAGAUCUGGGGACAAGCGGUCAGGUCCAUUAUCAGCUCGUCAACUACCAGAAGCUCUUUUCAAUCAACGCCACCGGAGCGAUCAGAACCUCUGUGCCGCUGGACAGAGAGGUGAAAGGUCACUACUUUCUGAUCGUUGAAGCCUGGGAUGGGGCAGUGGACCCCCGGCGAUCCAGAUUAAUUCUGUCUGUCACUGUUCUGGAUGUAGACGACAACAGCCCGAUAUUCAGCCAACAAACCUACAAUGUCAACCUACCAGAGAACAGCCCCAAAGAUACCAUCAUAUUACAAUUAAAGGCGAUAGAUGCGGACCUUGGCUCCAACCUCACAUAUCGAAUCAGAACUGAAGGCUCGGACCAGGAGAUCAUUCAGCUAUUCCAUAUUGAGCCAGUAUCGGGGGAGCUUUCGAUUCUGAAGGUCCUGGACUAUGAGGCGCUGAGUGACUCAGAACCCACAUACACGUUCACUGUAGAGGCCUUGGACAGAGAGGGAGCCAUGCCUCCUGGAUUAGCCUCUGUUACUGUCAGAAUAAUGGACAUGAAUGACUUUUCUCCGGUGUUUAGCCAGUCAGUGUACCGAGGCAUGGUUGCCCCUAAUGCUGUCAAGGGAACCAUCGUAACUACAGUGACAGCCAAUGACUUUGACCCUGCGGGUACCCCAGCAGGUCUAGUGCGCUAUAAAGUGGACCAGGAAGCGUAUCCAUACUCUGCCAGUAUAUUUGAUGUAGAGGAACGGACGGGACAUGUGGUUACUAGAGUAAACCUUAAUGAGGAGCCCAACCUCAAGUUCAGUCUGGUGGUGGUGGCCUAUGAUGAUGGUGAACCUGUAAAGGAGAACACAACUCUAGUAGAAAUCACAGUCCUUCAGCCCUCUGUCAUUCCUGUGUUCACCCAGGAAGAAUACAGGUUUCCACCAGUGAGCGAGGAAGCUGCUGUUGGAACCCCAGUGGGAAUCAUCAUGGCAGCUGCUGUCAAUCAAACCAUCGUGUACUCCAUCAUCGAAGGCAACGAGGGAGGGGUGUUCGCAUUAAACGAAACAACAGGGGAGAUCUCCACAGCCAAGCCUCUGGACUACGAGGCCAAUUCCAGCUACGUUCUGAAGGUAGAAGCGGACUCCAUGAGAGUGGUGUCCUCAAACCUGCGAGCUCCCUCGAAGACUAACACAGCCAAGGUGGUGAUUGACAUCCAGGAUGAGAACGACCACCCACCAGUUUUCACCAGAUCUCUUUACAUUGGAGGGGUUGCAGAAGAUGCCAAAACCUUCACUUCGGUCUUGCAAGUACAGGCCAUGGACAAAGACACUGGUAACUACAGUUCGAUGAUGUACCGACUGAUCAUUCCCCCUCCAGCUGGUAAAGACGCGAAAGACAGCAAAAAUGGGUUCGUCAUUGAACCAUACAGCGGUGUAGUGAAGACUGCAAUCAUGUACCGCAACAUGAGGAGGUCGUAUUUUAAGUUUGAGGUGGUUGCUACGGACAACUAUGGUAAAGGACACAGCAGCAAGGCGGAGAUAGUGGUAUCAGUUGUGAACCAGCUGGACAUGCAGGUGGUGGUAUCAAAUGUCCCUCCAACUUAUGUGGAGAAAAACAAAGACAAACUGCUCAGCAUUUUGGAACGCUACGUCCAGGAUCAGAUAGCAGGAGCAAAGGUUGUCGUGGAAACCAUCGGGCCCCAUCGCCAUGGGGAUGGAAUGCAGCAGGAAGACUACACCAAGUCGGACCUCAUGAUUUAUGCUAUCGACCCUCUGACAAAUAGAGCCUUAUCUAGACAGGAACUCUUCAAGUUUCUUGAUGGUAAACUCUUGGAUAUCAACAAAGAAUUCCAACCCUUCCUCCCUCCUGGUGGACGGAUUCUGGAGAUCCGAACUCCUGAAGUGGUGACCAGCGUAAAGAAAGCUGUGCAGACUGUUGGCUACACAGAGGGGGCGCUCUUGGCUCUGGCAGUUAUUAUCAUCAUCUGUUGUGUCCCUGCCAUUCUGAUCGUUAUUAUCACCUACAGACAAUUCAAAGAACGCCAGGCAGAAUGUGCCAAAACAGCCCGUAUCCAGAUGGCACUGCCAACAGGCAAACCUGGGGGAGGCACUGCCAAUAACCUGUAUGAAGAGCUGGGUGACAACGCCAUGCGUGGAUAUGGACAACAAGAGACACAACAACUUCUGCGACCUUCUCUGCUCAGACCAGAGGAGUUAUCAAUGGAAUCUGGCAUCGACCCCGGCCAGGACUACUACACACAGGAUUAUUACAACUAUGAUCAUGGGUAUGACCUUCCUCAGUAUGGCAGUCGCAGGAAGCUGAUCUCACCCUCUGGCCUCUACGAUGAAUAUGGAGAAGUUGUAGUGGAUGAUGAAGGCAGCUACUACUACAGCCCACAGGAGUCUGACGGAGAGCAUGGCAGUAGAAAACGUCGGAUCAAGUUGGUGUUGGACCGAGAGUACGAGACCAGCUCCACUGGCGAGGACAGCAUGCCCGAAACCCAACGCAGCCGCCUAUCCUCCAACCUCAACAGCCACGCUAACGUUAACGGCAGCAUCUACAUGGCCCAGAAUGGCUCCAUCAUCCGCACCCGACGUUCAGUAAAUGCCACAGGUCCCACUCACGCACACACCACCACGAACAACAACCUCAAACUUGCCUCCCCCAUCUUCAGCUCACGGCUGGCAAAGCACUUCAAAAAACUAGACAAAAUGGCUGCAACCUUGGAGGAAAGAGUACCCCUGAACAACCCCAGAACGGCAACGGACGGUGGGUGCAACAUGCUGCGCACCUUCCAAAGCUCGGGAAUGGCUUCGACAGCCACUUCCUCUCUGUCUAACACCGACAACAACAAAACGCUGAAUGUGUUGAACACUCGACAAUCCAACCUUUCUUUAGGGUCGACCAGCACCAGCAACACGGGCCCUGAAAGUGCAGCGUCUAAAUCAAACCUGCUCAAAGCCGCGCAGGGCGGCGCAGAGCAGCAGCCUCCGAGCACAGCGGAGGGAGAUGAGUUGAAAGAUGGCGAGAGAGAGUCGAAUGUAGACGGCAGUAAUGAAGAGGACGACGAUGGACUCGUUAUGAGGGAGCCAUUGGAGUGCCCGAGUGACAGAACGCAGUCGGAUGAGGAAGAAUUAUGGAUGGGCCCGUGGAACAGCCUUCACAUACCCAUGACCAAACUCUGACUGAUACUGACACCGCUGCGCUCGCUCCUUAUUGCCAAGAUCACUAAAGCGUUCAGACAUCAUUUCUGUUCAUUAUUUGUGGAACUAACAGGGAUCCUCCAGCCCAAUUAAAAGAAAUCUAAUUAACAGACUGGUAAGUAUUCCAAUUAGAGCAUCCCUUCAGCCCAACGGAUCUCAGAGCUGCAAACACCUUCAGAAAACUUGACCUAGACUGAGAGGAUUUGUUAUAUUUCUACUUUGAAGCGAGCUCGAGGAAAAAGUCUAUGAACUUUUUAUGGCCCUUUAAGCGACUGGAGUCUCUGUAUGGAAUUGCACUCGUUUCAUUCAGUAUUACGGCUACUGGUGCGACUCAUCUUGAAUUUGCCUGACACUUUUCAUUGACACAUGAAGUCUUGUAUUGUUCAAACUUGCCUUUUUAUCCUUGUCAAGUAGCUUGGCAAACUUUAUCCAAAUAAAAAAUAAAAAAAACGAUUUCAUCCAUUGA